AUGCAAGACCAUCCUAACUCCGUUCCCAAACCUUCACCUUCCCCUUCAGGCGCUACGGAGACGAGGCGUCCAAGAUCUUCUUCACUUUGGUCACAGGGCUCCCGAGAGAGCGAAAAUCCACGUACGCCUGCGCCGCCCGCACACGACCAUGUAAAUAGACAGGACUAUUUCCCCAGCAUCCGAAUUCGACGACUUCCAUCUUUGCAGGCUGUGACCGAAGCGAAUACACAGGCAAACACCUCGAGCAACGCGCCAAGUCAUGGCCAGGGCCUUGGGCAGCCGCCAAACAGCGGAACGGUUGGGAGGAGGAGAAGUACUUCUGCACCUCAACGGUUGCAUGUUGGCACUGGACAGGAUGGGCAGGAUCAUCUGGCUGGUGUGACGGAGGAGACAAUUUCACCAACGACGGGGCGAGCGAGCGAUAGUAUCCCAGCGGUAUUAAACAACAAUUCUCAGUCAGAAGAACGUCCAGAUCCUCAGACACGCAAGUCAAGACGAUUGAGGAGGGUGCAGAACAGUAUCAACGUGAAGCAAGAUGAUUAUGAAGAUGGAUUGGUGGAUUAUUUGGAUGUAGUUGAUCCGGAAGUUUCGAUGCUCUCCACCCUCACGAAUGUACAAAACUCUCUUUUCGUCCCCGAUCUCGGAAAAUACGUCAAUCGGAGACCAACCUAUAAUCUCACAAAACGACCGACAGUUAGGGACGAUUUGGGAGAGCCAUCAGGCACGGAUGAGGAGAUCAAACGAAAACCAGUUCGCCCGAAUCUCGAGGAGCGAUCUUAUACCGGUGCUACAAUCAAUACCAUCUCUUCCAAUAUUAAUGAUAGAUACUAUGCUGUUCUGCCGCAUGGUGUGCAAUUGCAAGGUUGGUCUGAAGAGGAAAAAUUGGAGUUGAAUGAUCAUGUAAGACAUAUGCUACAUUCUCGAAGGUCGAAGUUCAGGCGGGGUCUGAAGGGAUUCGGACAAUAUGUUAGGAGACCGCUUGGAUUCUUCAUCACCUUAUAUGCUACGCUAAUCACUCUCUUUGGUCUUGCUUGGGUUCUGUUUUUAAUCGGCUGGGUAAAUGUUGGUGGUCGGCAAAGUUAUUUGAUUAACGUUAUCGACAAUGUCCUCGUUGCCCUCUUCGCUGUUAUGGGUGACGGGCUGGCUCCGUUCAGAGUAGUUGACACAUACCAUAUGUGUUUUAUAGCACAUUACCACCAUCUUACCUGGCGCCUUCGAAGGGAAAAGGCUCUUCCCAAACUCGAGGAUCACAACGAUCUCCCCGCUAUACAACCCGAGGAGGUUGAGGAACACCAGGAACUGGAAGAAGAAUUAGAAUACAGCGUUCUCUCACCAGAACAACAACGUAAGCUCGUUCAUCACCAAAAGAAAUUCGCCAAAUCCCAUUCUUUCUACAAACCUCACGAGACCAUGACCCAUCACGCCUUUCCACUGCGCCUGCUCGUCGCUAUCGUCGUUUUGCUCGAUUGUCAUUCGCUUCUACAAAUCGCGCUGGGUACUUGCACUUGGGCCAUUAGUUACCACGUUCGCCCGUUCGCGCUUACAACUGUUAUUCUGUGUUGCUCGAUUACGGUUAACAUUACUGCCGGCAUACUCAUUUCGGUCGGUGAUAAAAGAACGAGAAAGAAGGACGUGUUGGAAAAGCUGGAUCGUCAGCAAUUGACCGAGGAGGCAAUGAGAAAGGUUGAGAAGGCGAGGUUGAAUAACGAUAGUAGACAUAACAGUGGAGGAGGAGUUUUAGAGGGUGUUGCUCAGGAGAGGUGGGAAGCGAUGGGACAUGUUGAUACGAAUGGAGUUGAGAGAAGGGAUAUGGCAUGA